GCAUCAUCGAUCAGACCCCCAAAUGAAUGCUGACUUGGCGUCAGCAGCGCCCGGACUAUUUCGGGACGGUCAUGCCCGGGCGUUGCUGGGUGAAAAAUCACUUCGCAACGUCCUUCAGCUUCUUCUCCGACAAGCUUCUGCUUCAUCCUAGUGUAUUAUCCUCCACUCCAUCCCUCAACUUCCGUUCCGUAUCACACCGGCAAGAUGAGCGCGACAACAGCCGCUCCCGCUGUGGCCAAAUCUGAGCCUCAGAAGCUGACCGGCUUGAACCUCUACUCGCGUUUCGCUUUCGCCGGCGCCGUCUGCUGUUCCGUCACCCACGGUGGCCUCACCCCCGUCGAUGUAGUCAAGACCCGUAUCCAGCUCGACCCUGUCACCUACAACCGCGGCCUGAUCGGUGGCUUCCGCCAGGUCAUCCAGAAUGAAGGUGCCGGCGCCCUGCUCACCGGCGCUGGCCCUACGUUCGCCGGUUACUUCCUGCAAGGUGCGCUGAAGUUCGGUGGCUACGAGUUCUUCAAGCAGCAGUCGAUCAACACGAUCGGCUACGAGAAUGCCAGAGACAACCGUAUCGCCGUUUACUGUGUUUCGUCCGCCUUUGCCGAGUUCUUCGCCGAUAUAGCCCUCUGCCCGCUCGAGGCCACUCGCAUCCGCUUGGUCUCGGAGCCGACCUUUGCCAGUGGCCUUGUCUCUGGCUUCGGCAAGAUCGCCCGCCAGGAGGGUCUCGCCGGUUUCUACUCCGGCUUUGGGCCCAUCCUGUUCAAGCAGGUCCCAUACACCAUGUCGAAGUUCGUCGUCUACGAGAAAGUCGCCGAGUUCGCCUACGCCAACUUCUUCGACAAGGAGAAGACCAGCGACGGCAUGCAGACCGCCAUCAACCUUGGUUCUGGUCUGAUUGCCGGUUUCGCCGCCGCUAUUGUCUCGCAGCCCGCCGAUACCAUGCUCUCCAAGAUCAACAAGACCAAGGGCCUCCCCGGCGAGGGCACGACCAGCAGACUGAUCAAGAUCGCUAAGGAGCUUGGUCUCCGUGGCUCUUUCAGCGGUAUUGGCGCUCGUCUGGUCAUGGUUGGUGCUCUGACUGCUGGACAGUUUGCCAUCUACGGUAAGUAUCGAAUGGUUGCAUCGUUUGGCGAGCAUUGAUCGAUGAUUGCUAACCCUUGUUCUUUUGUAGGUGACCUCAAGAAGGCCAUGGGCGCUGUAAGUCACCCCGAUGAAUCCUGCAGAAAGUGUUACUGACCAUUGAACUAGGUUGGAGGUGUCGAGAUCGCAAA